CAAGAGCACGCGAGAGGGAACGCCCUUUUUUUUUUUCUUUUUUUUUUUUUGUCUCGUUUUCCUACAACAAAACAACCAUGGACAUUGAUGUGUUAAGAACGCGGUUAGACGAGGAACGAAAGACAAAUCGGUUACAACAAAGUGCGAUUGGGAAACUGGAGGAUCAGGUGCAAAGCCUGAACACACGUUUAGGCCAAGUGCAAGGUGAAUUAUCCUGGACGAGACAACAAUUAGCUGAUACGGAAAAUGAAAAAAAAAGUCUACAAAGGCAACUACAAGAGGUGCGAGCCACACCAGAAGAAACAGGUGAAUUGAAACGGUUUCAGGAGAUUGCUCAUUCGACUACAUUGGAAAAUAAAGAAUUAAGAGAUAUGGUGAAAUCGUUAGGUGAUAUUAAUCAAGGCUUAGUGGAAGAAUCAGAGGAACUCAAGUAUCAAUUGAAUGACAGGUGCAGCACAAUCACAAACUUGAACAGAUUGAUCGAUAUACAAUCCAAUCAAAUCAAAGACCUCAACAAUCAACAUACCCAACAGUUUCAAGAAAAUAAGCAACUAAACCGAUUAUGGAAUUCCAAUAGCAAACGAAAUGCAUCCUCUCAAAAACUAUUCGCACCGAAAAAUACACACUUGGUCCAACAAUCCAUCAGUUCUAUGCUAUCGAAAAACGAUGAAGAUAAACACCCGUAUAAUGAUUAUGACGAUGAUGAUUUUGUUAUGGAUCCACGUACCACCAUUGAACAUAGUCGAAGAAAAGGAAAGGCACGCGAUAACCAAGAGCAAUUUCAGUUAGAUACACCCGUCUCUUUUGGACGAUCCUCACAAAAACGUAAAGCAGAUGUAUCUCCUCCACUUUUACCUACACGAGUACCAACCACCACCACAGCAGCAGCAGCAGCAGCAGCAGUAGCGAAAAAGUCAGAACCUACUUUGGUUUAUAUCGAUUCAUGGUCUUUGGAUUCUCAUGAGGUGGAACCUAACAGUAUAAAACAUGAAACAUCCUUACACGAAGACGAGCCACCUUUAUUACCACAGGAAGAAGAGGUAUCGUUGUUGCAACAAGAAGAGGAGAAUGUACCCUUGUUGCAAAAAGAAAAAAAUACUGCUGCUAUGAAACAAGAAGAGGAAAGCCCACCCUUGACGAAUCAACGACAGGCUUUAAAAGUAGUGCCUACCAACAUUAAGAACUUGGCUAGCAAAGUACAGGUGGAGGUAAAACAUAACCAUGAUGGUGGUAAGGGAACCUGUAAUGCUUGUGAAAAGUUUUAUGGUACGGAUGCGAUGCCUGAUCCUCGUAAUCGAAACAAUAUGAUAACACCUGCAGAUCGACAGUCCAAUCAUUCUCGACAUCGGCCAAGAGAAAAGACACCACCUGGAUUUUGGGAAUUAACCUUUCCUACUCAAUCAACCACCUGAAUUUCAUAAAAAGGGGGAGCCUUCAACUAACUUAAUUUAUGCUCAUAAUAAUAAAAAUGAAGUCUUUUUUUUUAGGCUGUCAUUUAACAUGAUAUCAGACACAAACAGUAACUUAAAUUUAACUAGCAAUUGACUCUGGUCACAAAAAAAUAACGAUAUGUUUUUCUAUUUCGACACAUCCUAGUUGGCAACAACGAGAGCAAAUUUAGACUCAGAUAUCUUUUAUGCAUAAUGUAGGAAGUGGAAAUUAGGAUGCCCAUUUCUCACUCUAUUAAGGGUAUGAUUUAAUACAAAUUUUUUUAAGCCAAUAAACUAGUCUGUUGUUGAAAGGGGG